GCCCGAAGACACGGACGCAGGCUCUGCUCUCGCCACCGCCUCGCCUCUCGGUCGCUCGUUCUCUCGUGUGGAAUUCGUUCGUUUUCCUUCGUAUUCUGUGAUUGCGAGAGGCCCCUUAGACAGUGCGGUGCUUGUUUGUGCUUGGUGACAGUCGCGGAGUGCCUGUGAUUGCUCGCUGGAGCUGCUGAUGCCGAGAUUGCAAGGACAUCAAGGCAGGCGAUCAAGAUAACAGCAUACAGUUCGUGGAGGAGUUCUAAGACGCUGAAGAUGUUGUCUCGCGAACACUCACGCAUUUCAGCAACCGUCAUCCUCGUGCUUCUAGUGACAGCCUGCGGAUCGGAGCAGUCUGAGAGAAGCCGACGAAGCCCAAAGACCUCGCUGUCAAAUAAGUUUAUUGGCGUGACCAGCAAGUGUUCCCGCGGUACCCUAACGGUGGACGUGAGAACACAGGACCCUUUCUUUGGGUCUGUGUACGCCCGCGGUUACCCUGGGCGUUGCAAGGUGUCGGGCGAAGGCGGCUCCACCACGUCGCUGAUCGUCUCCGCCCAAAAGUGUGGCGUCAAAGUCAUUGAAGAUGAGCUCGGCGACCACACGUACGAGCUGCUCGUGUACAUCCAGUUCGACAAGUGGGUACAGCAGGUCAUUGACGAGCAGGUCCACGUCCGAUGCAGGCUGGAACGAGAGGCAGGGGAGCUGAAGGCCGUGGCGCAGAUGAACGUCGUCAGCCAAGACCCCAAAAUAAACGAAGACGAAGACGAAGACAAAAUCAACGACUCCGCCACGGCCGUCAGCAGCAGAGGCAACAGCAGAAGUAACAGCAGAAGUAACAGCAGGAGCAACAGCAGGAGUAGCAGUGACAGCGGCGAGAGACCCAAGCUCCCCCAGCUCGUGACCCUAAGGAAUAAGGUGUCCUCGAGGAGCAGAGCGCAGGACGGACUAGCGGCGGAGUGGGAGCCGUUGCCCCUCCCGGCCGAGCUCCUGCAGUGGAAGAACAGCCGCCCCGAAGGCAACUCCGAACCGAUUUCCUGCUGGAUGGACAUCGUCAGGGGAGACUCACUCAAUGGAAAACCAGUCAUGGACCACUUACUCGUAGGCGACGAUACCACCAUGGUCUUAAAGAUACGCCAGAGCAAGGGCCUCGACACUCGAAUCACAUCGUGUGUAGCGCAUGACGGGUCGGGCGAGCAGUCACAGGAACUCAUCGACGAACACGGGUGCGCGGUGGACGACGCCAUCAUGCCGCCGCUGAGGAUCAAGAGCAACCCUAAGACAGGGGUCAAGGUUGCACACUCAUCGUUCAAAGCCUUCAAGUUCCCCGAUCGUGACAAUCUGCAUCUCCGUUGCACCGUGCUUGUGUGCCUCGGCUCUUGCAACCUGCCAGUGUGCGGCCGGACCUCGAACCGCGUGGGGCGUCGCAUGAGUGGCACGGGACAAGGCUCCAUACAGCCGGUGGAGGAUCUGCAGGAACUCUUCUCGGAUAUCUCGCAGCUGCGCGAGCGAGGCAACGACCGCGCUCUGACCGGCCGCGUGCUGGACAAGGUGGAGGUGUUCAACGCCGUCGAGGUCCGAGCUCCGGGCAUCGAGAGCCAGCCGGACCUCGUGAAGCAGUACCGCAUCGACCGGGAGAAGGUGGAGGCCAUCGACUUCUUCAGCGAAGAAAACAUGUUCUGCGUGACGCCCUACAAGAUGGUCCUCGCCUUCGGGGUCCUGCUGGCGAUCAUGCUGCUGGCGCUCCUGUUCGCCCUCUACUCCUGCGUCAGGGCCAGGGUGCUCAAGACUCCCAUAAGGGCGCCGCCUCCGAUCGAAUCCCACAGACACUCGCCCGUAGCUGCUCCUUAUUACAGAUUCGCGCACUGAGGAUUGUAGAUAGUGUGGCAGGAAGGAGGUUUAUUAUUAUUAUUAUUAUUAUCAUUAUUAUUACUAUUGCCAUUAAUUCGUUAACCGUCAUUAUCAUUAUGAAAUAUGAGAAAUCAGUUAAAUCUAUUUUCGGUUUUUCGUGUUUUCAUAAUAUAUACGAAGGUUUUAUGUACAUACGAACUCAUGAGUACCCAUGAGUAAAGACUCUUUGUUGAGUCAAUAAGGACUUUUAUGCACUGUUGUCCAAGACGAUGGUAAAUUCUGUAUUUUUUAUUUCCUCUUUAAGGAAGUGUUGAAUGUCUGUUGAUAUCCAUUUCACGUUUUUAAGUAGCUGUUAGAAAAACUGUAUUUUUAGUGUUGGUUGUAUCAUAGUGAGAAUACUGUUACUCUGACGGGCAUUAAUAUUCCAAUGAGUAUGGUGGUUAAUACUAAUUUUGUCAACAGAAAGACUAAGGAAAGGUAAAGGCGUUGAAGUGUUGCAGGACAGUGCAAUAAGAGAAAAAUUGUUGAUUGUGUUAUUUGAUAUUUUGUAAUUUGCAUAUUUUCCUCCAUAAGUGAUUAAAUGUGUUUCCUCAUAAGGUAAUUGAAACUAAUAUAAAGAGCAUACAUUUUUUUCUAUCUCAAUCUAUUCAUAUAUAUAUCUCUUUGUCUCUCUAUUAAUCUCUCUCUCUCUCUCUCUCUCUCUCUCUCUCUCUCUCUCUCUCUCUCUCUCUCUCUCUCUCUCUCUCUCUCUCUCUCUCUAUCUAUCUAUCUAUCUCUCUAUCUAUCUAUCUAUCUAUAUAUCCAUCCAUCCAGCUAUUUAUAUCUGUCUAUCUUUCUAUCUAUUUCUCUUACUGCCGCUUUUGCUUGCAUAUGAAUUGUUGCUGCAAUUAGGGUCAAAGGUCACGCAUCUUGUGAGGAUUCAACGUCUGCAACCUUUUAAAAAUGUCAUUUAACUUUCGCUCAUUCCAAAGAAUUUAUGUUAAAAAAAUAAUAACCUUAUGGAUAUGAUUUCGCUAUCGGUUAUUACAGAUUUUGUUUGAAUUUUAUUUAUUUAUUGAAUAAGGCUUUUUAUGUUCUAACUGAUUAGACCUUAGAAUAUAUUAAUCUGUUAUGCUGAUUACUCCUAAUUGCAAUUUUUCUUUCUAAAGUCAUAUGUGCUGAGAUUUCGAAAGCAGAACCUCCCAGAAAACUGAAUCCCGCUUUUGGAACAAUAUUUUACAACGGAAAAAAAACAUAUGUAUUUAUUUAUGUAUGUAUUUACUGUAUGAUUCUAAGACAAUAAGCUACCGGAGAGAGGGAGAAAUCGUCUAAACGUAGGUGGUGGUUGCUGUAGAUUUUCAAUGAAAGACGUGUAUAAUGUAGGACGGACACACAAACACAUGGCUACUGCAGACGGGGCGUUCAUCACUGGCUUUGAUGCACAAUCGUAUCAAGAAGGCGGGGAUUUUUCCCUGCUCUCUUAAAAAAAGUCACCGAGAGAGAGAGACUGUGUGAGUGAAUGAGUGAGUAAGUGAGUGAGAGAGAGAGGAAUUGUAUUCAUCAUUUUUAAGAGAGUUGUGUCAAUUUUCCCUUUAAAAAUGUUUUAACUCUUCUGCAGUAGCCUUGUUGUACAAAAAAACUUGGUCUUCCUUCGUCCCAUCUCCGUUGCUGUGCAUCUUUCACAAUAGUGAUGAUAUAUUGCAGUGUAUAAACUCUCCUUCAAAACACAUAACACUGAGUAUUCGUCCCAUUCUUUUACUGCAACGUCCUCACUUCCCUUCACCAAAUGAGGCUCCAAAACACGCCUGAAACGUGUUUAUGUAAGAAGUGUUUAAAUGCUCAGCGAAGAGUACAGUGUCCAGAGGGGGCUGAGGGAACACCAAGAAGCACAAAGGGGAUAAACGAAUAUCUCCAUCUCUUCGGUAAAAAAAAAAAUAGGAUUAAUGAGUGAAUUAACUGAUUGAAUAGAAAAAUAGUUAGAUAAGAAAUAUAUGAAUUGAACGAAUAAAUAAAAUGCUUGAAGGGGUCCGUAUUAUUGUCUGAUAAUACGCUGAUUCUGUGUUUAUAUCAUAAUUUUGUUUUAAUCAUGUUGAUGUGUUUAUUCCAUGUUGUGAAUGAUAAUUCGCUUGUUAUCAUGCUGAUUAUAUUUUAAAUCAAAGGAAAUUCAAGUUUGGAGAAAAGGAUGGUUUAGAUUAUCCUUAUGAAGCCACGGAUUGUGAUUAUAAAUCAGUUUCGUUUCAUGUAUGGUUAAUUAAUGAUUUUAUAUUGAAUUAUUUAAUAUAUUUUGAUUUCCGUGUAGUCAUUGUCAUUUCAUAAUUCAUCAUCAUUCAUAUUGUAUGUUUCAUAUCAUUUCAUAAUUUAUAUUGUAUUUUUACUAUUUUUACACUGUUUGACAGGUUGAAGAUAUGCACGACCUUCCUUAUUGUGAAAUGUGUAUGUCGUAUGUAUUUUGUAAAACAGUAUUUCAAUAAAAGUGCUUACCAUG